GUUGCGAUGCAAUGUUUCGGAAACGUUGAUUUAACGAGGAUACUAUAUGGAUUAUUUGUAAACAAUUAGUGUUAGAAAAAUUGAGACAUUUUAUUUAAUUUUUUUUUCUUUUCGUUAACAGCAACAGUUUUAGCAUAAUACAAAUUAUUUAACAUAAGAGGACUUUAAUACACCGUAAAAAUGAGUAAGACGGCUACAUAUUAUGAUGUACUGGGCGUGAAGAAUAGAUGUACAGAAGAAGACUUGAAGAAGGUCUACAGGAAGCUCGCUUUGAAAUAUCAUCCCGACAAGAAUCCAAAUGGGAGUGAAAAAUUUAAGCAAAUAUCUGAAGCGUACGCGGUACUGUCGGACCCUAAGAAGAGACGUUUAUAUGACCAAACUUUCGCUAAACGUCAUUCGUUCACUCACCCGUGCAACGCAGAAUUUCCCAGCAAUAUUAUUACGAUGUUAUCAAUAUUGCUGAGACCCUACCAUCUUACAAUAUUACGGCGUUGCUUCAAGUUUCUGUACUCUACGAUUCUGUACUACUUUAUAGGUUAUUUCGGUACUCGCGACAAAGUUCGUAAAAAAGAGCGACGUUCCACACUGAACUGUGGUAUUGAAAACGUCUUAAAGGCGGCGAUAACAAUAUUAGCGUUAAUGGAUUAUGUAGUGAUCGAGAAUCUACGAAAAAUGAGGGAUACAAAGUGACUGUACAACUAUGGACCGCCAGGGGAGGAUCUCGAUUAACCACAUUGCAAUGGACUAACCACAAUCGGACGUGAUUUGGCGAUUUCCCAAUGUCGUUCGAUCGAUGCAACCUGUGGUCGAUCGAGUGACUCACUCGAUCGCUUUUCUCCGCCGGAAGUGUCUGUCAACAUCUGCAGCGCCACUAGUACCAAACACGACCGUUAUCUAAACUGUUAUCGCACUUUUCAUUCCUGUUUUAUCAUCGAAGUGAUGUUUGAUCGCGAUUGUAAAUUUGUAAGGAAAGAAAAAUAAUAAGAACAAGAUCAGCUGUAUGUAACAAAAAUGAUAUUAGUUGUGUAGUUUGUACGAUGUUGCU